AUGACGCCCAAAGUUUGGGUGAUCACUGGUGCGAAUUCAGGCAUAGGUCUCGCCCUCGCUCAGCAUGUCCUCUCGCAAGGCGACAGGGUCAUCGCUACAGUCAGGUCGAAGGCCAAAGUUACUGACAGCUUGAAAGGCGCUGAGUCGCUUGUCCUUGACCUGAACGGUCCAGACUCGGAGAUCCGCAAGGCUGGCGAAGCGGCCCUGAAGAUAUACGGCCACGUGGACGUCCUUGUCAACAACGCGGGAUUUGGCGUCAUCGGCCCAGUGGAAGAGCUAGAUAUAGAUGACGUACGGAAGCAAUUCCAGACGAACGUCUUCGGCGCCAUCGCCUUCACGCAGGCAUUCCUCCCCCACUUUCGCGAGCGCAGAUCAGGACACAUCCUGAAUGUAACGUCCGUCGGUGCUUUCUGUAACCGCCCUCACUGGGGUGCCUACGCAGCCUCGAAAGCCGCAUUCGACGCGUUCUCUGAGUCUCUCAGCUACGAGGUCGAGCCGUACAAUGUCCGCGUCCUCGUCAUCAUGCCCGGCUACUUCUCCACCAGGUUCUUCGGAGCGUCUCCUUCUGUCGGGAAGCUCUCGACAGUCUACACCGCUCCCGAGCAGGGGUACAACUCUCUCGAAGUUACCCCGAAGAAGCAUGUGGAAAGCAAGCAGAUCGGCGACCCGGAGAAGCUGGCGCAGCGGGUAUAUGAGGUCGUCCACGAGACCGGGAUGGCGAAGGGGCUCAUGGAAAGCCAAGGCGGGAAGAGGGGUUGGAUGCGCGUGCUGUUGGGUCCUGACGGUGGCGAGCGCAUUUUUGCCAAGCUUGAUGCAGUGAAGGAGAAUGUGGAGGUAUUUGAGAAAAUCUGGAGGUCGACUGAUGUGGAACCAGAGCGACUGAAGUUCUACCCCGAUGGCUAA